AAGGCUUUGGCAUGUCAGUCGGUUUGCUCUGGCUGUCGGCAAAAAAAAAAGUUCCAAAGAAGUUCCGUUUGACACAUGGUGCUUUUCACAUGGUGCAUGCUUUUCAACAAGGAGCAGAUGGCCGACAAAGAUCGUUGUCAUGAUUCGUCCCCGGUCACGUCCAUGUGUCAUUGUUUUGUCCGUCUGUGUGCUCAUGUCCGUGGAUCAUGUGUGCUUCUGCCAUGUCUUGUCCCCAGUUUUGCUAGGUUGCCAUGGUUUCUGUUCGCGUCGCCCCUCCCCUCCUGUGUUCCCUCAAUCAAUGUAACCGCGUUCACCUGCCUCGUGUUUUGUGCUUUGUAUUUAAGCCCUGUCUGCCCCUUGUUCAUUGUCGGUUCGUUGCUUGUCGAUUGUUGCAUGCAAUCGCUGCUGUCACGGUCACGUCACCAUGUCUUUCUGUUCCACGUCUUGUCAGGCUUUUAUCCCAGUGCACAGAACGUGACCUGGAAAUCCACGAACUUUAAAACCAUUCUGACCUGGGAACCAUUACCAACUGAUUACUCAUACACCGUAGAGUUCUCUGUGGUUGCCAAGGACAAACAGAGGAAUUCUAAUUGCAUACGGAUCUCAACAACUAUGUGUGAUCUGACCAGUUCACUGACUGAUUUAAAUGCCUGCUAUGUAGCUGAUGUCCUGUCUGAACCCCCACUGGGAGUAACCUCUGACCUCACUGAGUUUCCAUACACAAGCUCCUCACGAUUCUGCCCCGCCAAUGACACUGAUAUAGGCAGACCUGAUUUCAAGCUAGACGUGAGCGACGACAAAAAGAAGACUACGCUGUAUGUGACUGACCCACUUACCGCAUUGUUUAAAGAUGAUCAUCAGUUGAACAUUAGAGACAUUUUCUUAAAGAAGCUACAUUAUAAAGUCACAUAUCGUAAAAACAAGAGCUCUGGCAAGAAAGUGUUCAUCUCUCAGACUAAUGUAAUAGAGAUGACUAAUCUGGAUCAAGGAGAAAGCUACUGUUUUAACGUUCAGGCCUUCAUUCCAAGCCGCAGCAAUAAACAGCUAGGAAAAUUGAGCCAAACUCAGUGCUCUGAUGACGACAAACAAUCCAUCUUUGAGGUGUAUUCAGUUGGCGUGAUUGCAACUGCCAUCGUCCUGAUCUUGCUGCUGAUCAUCAUAGCAGUUGUAACAAUAGUUUGCUGCAGGGGCAAGAAGAGCGCCCUCAAAACUGAAAAAGAAGGAAUUCCACUCCGGAGUAUAUAGAGCAGGGGUGUCAAACUCUGGUCUGUAGUGUAAUUAUAUUUGGCACACAAAGACAAAUUGUGCAUUGACUUUGUGUCAAAAUAAGAAUUACAAAUUGUCUUCACUUUUAUAAAAUAGAGCUGUUGCCAGAGAAUUUUUAUCAUUCUUUUUUUUUUUUAUUUGAACAGUUUUUAUCCUAGUCUCUGAUUUCAAAACUACCGUAUUUUCCGGACUCUAAAUCGCUCCAGAGUAUGAGUCGCACCAGCCAUAAAAUGCGUAAUAUAGAAGAAAGACUUAUAUAAAUAUAUAAGUCGCACAAAAGUAUAAAUCACAAUUUUGGGGGAUAUUUAAAAAUCCAACACCAAAAACAAACCUGUCGUCUUGAAAGGGAAUUUAAAAUAAAAAUACAAUAGGCAACAACAGGUUGAAGGUACGGCAUGCUAACGUUAAAUAAACUAUAAAAUAGAAAUGUUGCUAGAGAAUUUUUAUCAUUCUUUUUUUUUUAUUUGAACAGUUUUUACUAGUCUCUGAUUUCAAAACUACCGUAUUUUCCAGACUCUAAAUCGCUCUGGAGUAUAAGUCUCACCAGCCAUAAAAUGGGUAAUAAAGAAGAAAGACUUAUAUAAAUAUAUAAGUCGCACCAAAGUAUAAGUCACAUUUUUGGGGGAUAUUUAUUUGAUAAAAUCCAACACCAAGAACAAACCUGUCGUCUUGAAAGGGAAUUUAAAAUAAAAAUAGAAAGGCAACAACAGUUUGAAGGUACGGGUGAGAACGUGCCUGCCGUAACAUAUUAAGUUGUUCCAAUAACUAUCGCAUAAAUAACAUGCUAACAAGUUUGUCGAACCAUCUGCGUCACUCCAAAUCAUUAAAUCCAACAAAAUCUUCAUCCUCUGUGUUACUUAUAAACAACUCCACUAACCCCGCAAAUAGAAGAUGCAGCUACGUGGCUUACGUCAGGCUCAUCAUCAGUUGCAGUUCCAAUUAUUCCACCGGCCUAGAGCGCCCUCAUGCGGUUUAGUGGGAAAACAACAUUUUAAAUUAUGUGUUAAUAAUUUCAUACAUAAGUCGCUCCUGCGUAUAAGUCACACCCCCAGACAAACUGAAUAUAACUAUGAUUUAUAGUCCAGAAAAUGUUAGUUAUCAGUUUGUUGUGUAUUCUAUGCUGUAUAUAAUAUAAGACGUUCAUAAAUUUAUUUGGGUUAGCAGUCAUAAUGGCCCUCAGAAGGAAAUUACGACUACGAUGCAGCGCACAACAAAAAUUAGUUUGACACCUCUGAGAGGGUUCUCGUCGCAGUCACACAUCACUUUUAUGGUACGCAGUAGCUACGGAUAUAGUUCAAUGGAUGGACAUGAAACUAGUUCCAAGAUUUCUAUUUAAAUGUGAGAAUCAAUAUUUUGGUUUCUAUGAAACUGCUUUUGAGAUUUUGGGAUGCUUUGUGGACUUUUUCACCAAAUAACAUAAAAACUAGUGUAUCACUGAAAAGUCUUGCCACGCCAUUCUUUGCUGCACAAGUCAUUGCCACAAUUAUUUGCCAUCCAAUUGAUUCAACCAUGGCCCAAGUUUUCUUUUGUUCGUGUAUUUAAUAUCCUCCUCCUCCUCCUCGUCUCUCAGAGAGGACCCAAUGGCAACACAACCUCUGAGCUCAUUAAUGCUACAUGGGAUCGGUACUUGGACGUAUACCAGGGGUGGGCAAUUCCGGUCCUCGUGGGCCGGUGUCCUGCAUGUUUUCUAUGUCACCCUGUUGCAACACACCUGAUUCAAAUAGUCAGAUUAUUAGCAAGGUCUGCAGAAGCUGGAUAACAAUCCUGAUCAUUUUAAUCAGGUGUGUUGCAGCAGGGAGACCUAUGAAACAUGCGGGACACCGGAAUUGCCCACCCCUGACCUAUACUAUAAACGGAUUAUUUUGUUCAGACAAAUAAAAGUUUUACUUGUUACCUGCUAAAAGUAUCGACCGGCUGGAGAAGACUGGAGUUACAGUCGAAACUGUCAGCAGGUAACAACUAAAACUUUUAUUUGUCUGAGCAAAAGAAUCUGUUUAUAAUCAUUACGUAGUCAUAAUGAAUGUCAUCAAAAUAAUCUGACAUAUACUGUUUAGUAUUUACAUGAUUGUGCUUGGGGGCAUUAUACAUGAAUAUAACAUUAGUUUUUUAUUGUUAUGCAGAUGACACCCAAUUAUAUAUGAUGUUAGAAAUGGCUCGUUCUGUUUUUCCAAUGCGAUAGGCUCGUUCCACAUCAAUCUAGAUUUGUAUUUGCAAUUGUAGUCGGAGAAUGGGAGCAGCUAACGCUAGCAUUGUUGACCUGCCCAAGCCCGGCGAGCAAUAAGAGCAGCAAUCCUAGCGGCGGGUGCCCUCCAAAGACCCUAUGACCAUCAAAAGAGGCAGGCCAAUGUACAGAACCCAGCAAAAUCAUGACCCCAAAACAAAAAUCCAAGAUGAGGACGAUUACAUGACAGAUUCACAGGUAAACAAUCUAUUACAGUAACAGAAAAAUCUAUUCUUUGCAUUUAAUAAACUAACAAGAAUACUUAAAGGGUUAUGUCAAUAUGAUCCUGGACUCAAACAACACAAGAUUUGACAAUUCCGAAGGAACUGCAAGAAAUUAACCUGCUUGCAGUUCACUGAAAAGGAAAUUGAUGACAUCAAAACACAUCUAGGUAAGAAAAAGAAAAAUAUGCAAAUAGACAUUUACAAAAGACAGUGCAUUUAACUAUCAGACAAACUGGACUAUUUAGGGGAACAAUAAAAAAUAAAUAAUCUGGUUAUAGAUAGAUUGGAAGAGACACCUGAAGAAACUUGGACUGGUACUAAGAAGAAACGUUAAAAAUAAUUCAAAGAAAAAUUACAAAGACCAAUCUAGAUUAAUGUGGAACGAGCCUAUUGCAUUGGAAAAACAGAACGAGGCAAGGGCAGACCCAGACCAAUUAUUGUCAAAAUUGAAAAAUAUAGACAAAACCAUGAUUCUACAGAAAGCGAAAUACCUCAAAGGAUCAAAGAUAUGUAUAUCUAUAUAUAUAUCUAUAUAUAUAUAGAUAUAUAUAUAGAUGAGGACUUUACUAAAACUGUACAAUAAAAAAGAAAGGAAUUGAUACCUUAAUUGAAAGCAGCACAUAGUAGAAGAGAAAUUGCCUAUCUGCGAUUAUGAUAAAUUCCUUGUUCACCCCCGGACAAGUACACCAAAACAUGUCCAGCAAAAACAAGCUAGCCAUCAUAUUCUUUUGUUCAGACAAGUUGCAAGGUCUUACCUUAGUAGCUUUUUCUGACAGUUUCGGCAGUAACUUCCGCCUUCAUCAGAGUGUCACAUGAUGUUGUAUGUGACACGUCUUUUCAGCUGUUGUUACUACGAGGGCGUGAUCCACCUGUCAAAUCUCACAGGAGGGUCACGCCUGCUGUCCUCUCGCCGCUCCAAAAUGCUGGUCCAGGUGUGUGAGAGCAUGCUUUUUCUCGCAAAUAUAUUGUUAUAAUCAUUUGUUUCAGAUGUACUGUAAUUAUUUUCUGUAUAAAAAUUAAAUUUGGUGUUCAAAAAGUAA